CUCCAAAGUAAAAGGGGCUGUUUUGCAGUCGACUUUGUUGGUGUAUAUUCAUCGCUCCUCUCCCGGUCCAUGUGUAUGCAUGCCUGCCUGUGUAUGCAUGUGUGUGUGUGCGUAAAGUAGAAGCUGAGAUAGGGUAACAAAAUGAACUACUGUAUGCAAGAAAUAUAUGAAGUGCACCCAGCUGCCGGUAGCAAUUGCUACAUGCAGUCCACUGAUUAUUGCACCUAUAUCGAAGAGAAUCAGGGUUACAGCAGUUGUGAUGCUCAGGUCCUGCACAGUAACAACAUAUAUAUGGAACAGGCCUGGGCGGUGAAUCAGCCUUAUACCUGUAGUUACCCUGGAAACGUGUUUAAAAGCGAGUACUCUGACAUGGACAUGGCCCUGAAUCAGUACAACCAACCUGAAUAUUUCACCGAAGAAAAACCUACUUUUUCUCAAGUGCAGUCGCCAUCGUACUCUCAGAAGAAAGGGUAUAUACCCAGUUACUUAGACAAGGAUGAGCUAUGUGUAGUGUGUGGGGACAAAGCCACCGGAUAUCAUUAUCGCUGCAUCACUUGCGAAGGUUGCAAGGGUUUUUUUAGAAGAACCAUUCAGAAAAACCUCCAUCCAACCUAUUCCUGUAAAUAUGAAGGAAAAUGUGUGAUAGACAAAGUAACAAGAAAUCAGUGCCAGGAAUGUCGCUUCAAAAAAUGUAUCUUUGUUGGCAUGGCAACAGAUUUGGUGUUGGAUGACAGCAAGCGGUUGGCAAAGAGGAAGCUGAUAGAAGAAAAUCGAGAGAAGAGACGUCGGGAGGAGCUGCAGAAAACAAUUGGGCACAAACCAGAGCCAACAGAUGAGGAAUGGGAGCUCAUCAAAAUUGUUACUGAAGCACAUGUGGCCACCAAUGCACAAGGAAGCCACUGGAAGCAGAAAAGGAAAUUUCUGCCAGAAGACAUUGGACAGGCACCAAUAGUUAACGCCCCAGAAGGUGGGAAAGUGGAUUUAGAAGCCUUCAGCCAGUUUACAAAAAUUAUCACACCAGCGAUUACAAGAGUGGUGGAUUUUGCCAAAAAGUUGCCUAUGUUUUGUGAGCUGCCAUGCGAAGACCAGAUCAUCCUUCUGAAAGGCUGCUGUAUGGAGAUAAUGUCCCUCCGAGCAGCAGUUCGCUAUGACCCGGAGAGUGAGACUUUAACACUAAAUGGGGAGAUGGCGGUGACAAGGGGCCAACUGAAAAAUGGGGGUCUUGGCGUAGUGUCUGAUGCCAUUUUUGACCUGGGCAUGUCUCUUUCUUCAUUUAACCUGGAUGACACCGAGGUUGCCCUUCUUCAGGCUGUUCUGCUCAUGUCAUCAGAUCGUCCCGGCCUUGUUUGCGUCGAGAGGAUAGAAAAGUGUCAAGAGGGUUUCCUCCUGGCAUUCGAACACUACAUUAAUUACAGAAAACACCACGUUUCACACUUUUGGCCAAAACUGCUGAUGAAAGUGACAGACCUGCGAAUGAUUGGAGCCUGCCAUGCCAGCCGCUUCCUGCACAUGAAGGUGGAGUGCCCCACAGAACUCUUUCCUCCGUUGUUCCUGGAAGUGUUUGAGGAUUAGAGAGACUGGAGCGGUUCUCCGCAACCCCCCGUCGCACUACUGGCUGUCAUUUCAUCCCGUUGCCCAGCUCUUCUCACCUCUGUUUGUUCUUCUUCUUUCAUUCUCUUGUUUCUUGAGGUGGGGUUGGGUUUUUGUUUGGGUUUUUGUUUGGGAUUGCUGGGGGGCAGUUGUAUACACAUGGAUGAAAACAUCCCUUUAAUGCGGGUACUUGUGACUAUUGCAAUUUGUUCUUCUGUCCUUUGAUGUGAAUGCUUUGACAGCUUAACAGUGAAAAUACAAACAGACCAGUCUCAUUCACCAGCACUUGCGUGGUCACCAGCUCACACACAUCAUUGCUUGGAAAAUUGAAGUGGCAGAAAAUAAAUUGGCCUCCAAGUUAAAACAGCUAUUGUUAAUCUGACCCUGGCAAUUCUGUCUAGUAUUACCUCAUUUUGCAGGGCACAAAUGAGCAAUUCAUGAGAUGAAAUUUCUAGGGUUCAUGGUUGUUUCUAUUGUAACUAUCACCAUUAUGGUCUAGGAUCUUCAUCAUCAUCAAGAUCCCAUCGUUAUCUGAGGAUUGUUCCAGGAGAUACAGUUUAACAGUGCCCCAUAAAUCAAGUACUUAAAAUAAUGCAGAAUGGUAGAAGGGACUGGCUCAUUUUUUUUUCCCAUGUGUAUAAGAAAGUAAGAUCCUCCAGUUCUUACUACAUUCGAACUCCAGGUAACUUCACUGGAGGGUCUGUUGCGGAAAGGGGGGGAAUUUGAUCCUCUGAGGUGCUUUUCCUGGGAGUGGAGAGGUCUGUUUUUCCUGAGGUGCAUGGAAAAUUUGUCACUCUGAAGGAGAAGGCUCCCUGUCGGGAUAGCAGGCUGUCCUCAGAGUUAUUCAGGGAUGUGAAUGAUCACAGAAUGAGGACAAGGAGAACAAAACAUAUGGGGUGACCUUCAGAGGGCACAGAAACCAACUUUGUUAGUAACAACACUCAAGACUGUACAGCUUUAUCCCAGUAAUACAAAUAGUGUUGCUUGGCAGUAAUCUUUUGUUUUAUAUAUAUAUAUAAAGUUUAUAUGCACGUAUAUAUAUAAUUUUAUAUAUAUAUAAUUACAAGUCUUCAACAGAUGUCUUAAACAUAUUUCCAUAUUUCUAUCUUCUUUCUCUCUCCUUCUCUCACCCUUUCCUGUGAGUGUGUGCGUUUCUAUGUGUUGAUCAGCUACAUUCUCUCUCUUUGGUGUCUGUAUGUGUUCCAUUUGGCUAGAUUCUCUCUUGAUUCCUUUAAUUUAUUUCCACUAACUGCACUAGCAGGAACUGAACUGAGCAAUGACAGGAUGUCCUGCUGCCGAAAUCUCACAAUCCUGGAAUGUUUGGAGGCCGGUGAUGAGGGCAUUAUAGGAAGAGGUUCCUCUCUGUCAUCCAUUUUCAUUCAGGGGUGUUGUCUCCGGGUUUUAUAAACUUGAUAUUAAACCAUUCUCUGAAUUUGUAUGAUACAUCAAAAGCAUCCUUCUGUUCUCCUGGGAGCCAGAGGCUUAGUUCACGUAUUUCAUACUUUCUCAUGCCCUAUGUUCUUUUGUGUUGUGCAUUCAUUUGUACCAGUUUCUUUCUCUGCUAUUUAUUGAUCUAUUUGCCUGUUGACUUUGAAAGCUCAUGGCCCAUAUCUAAACCCAUACAUUAUGUGUUUAUCCCCUCAUGAAAGCAUGAUACUCAGGAAAACUUAUCUUGUAGGUGGAACACAGUAUAUGUGUGUCAGGAGUUAAAUUCUUUCCUCCCCUCUCUCCCUACAUCAUUGAUAAAACAUUUGGAGUGCUAUUGGCUAUGUUUUCAGGGAUGUGCAAUCUUGUUCUCCCUCUUCCUUGAUGCACCUGUGAUCAGUUGUGAGCACUGAUGUUGUCACUUAAGGGUUUGUACUCAUAAUUUUGUGAGAAUAUUAAACACAGUGAGGUGUUCAGGGUUGGGUUUUUUUUGCAGGUACUAAGAAAGUCAGACCAUUGGAAAUUUGUUCCUAAAUGUUUGCUGAAGUUGGAGAACCUCUGUUGCAGGCUGUGUUUGCUCCAUUUCAAAGCAUAUGUGUUAACAACAUCGGUCUCUAUCCAAAAUCCUUGUAGAGAACUGUUUCUUGGGGACAAGGAGUUAGAAACAUUUUAGCUUUUUGGAACAAGAGACCAGACUGUGAUGAAUUCACAUGUACUCAUGCAGAAUCUCAGAUGAGCAGCAUCCAUAGUCAGUAUAAAGUGCUAGAGAUCUGAUUAGGCGUUGGCUUGAUAGGGAGCCGAUAGCAUAUAGGGAAAGCAAGAAACCAGGUAAUCCAUUAUAUGGAUCCAUCUAUACCCACAGUGGCUUGCAAAGAGAAAAGAAGUGUGCAUUUAUUUUCUGCUACAGAUCUGAGGAUGGAGUUCCUUCUAAAGCCAGUCCAAGUAUCUCACCUGGUUGCUAAAGGUGAGCUUCAGUUAGUGUACGAGUUUUGACUGUGGAUGAGAACCAGGAGAAAGAACGUCACAUUUCUCCUAGUAGUGUUCACAGUGAUCUCACUGCUACGAGGUCCAUGAUGCUUCAUGUGAUUUUUAGAGCUUUGCUUCCUGGAGUUGUGCUGCUUCUUGGGAGGUUCAGUCUGUCAUUACGGUCAAUAAUGCUUAUCCUUUGGGCAACAAAGAAAAUCAGUAGCCUAAAUGUUAAUUAUUUAGGUGGCAAGUCACUACCCAGCAGGGACUUGGCUCAUAACUACUGGGGCCCUGGUAACUGGCUUGUAACACUUGGGAUUGCCAGGACUACGUUUAUCAAAAAAUAAAUAAAGAUCAGAGGUUAGAAAAAAAAAGUGAGAGUUACUGGAUUGACUUGGGGAAGCACAAGAGAUGGAAGAACUUGAAAUGCUCUGAACAGAACUGCAGUUUGAGACGGUGCUGAGAAUUAACACUUUGAGCACUGGCUGCUGUAAAAAUCAUUGCUCACACAGCAGCUUGUCCCCCAAGGCCUACCAUGGCGAGUUACACAGUUUUCAAACACAGCCUGCAUAAGCGGUUGUCUGCAUUGAGGCAUGUAAGUUACAUGUAGGCAGCUGAGCUAAUGGCCUGACUUCCCAAGGUGCUGGUGCAGUUUGGAGUUGUGGUUAAUCAGGGCUCAGAAAAAUCAGGCCUCUUUCCUUAGGUGACUGCAGAUGACUGAUGUGCCUAAAAUCAGGUAACCAACUGUGACAGGUUUGGCAGUGCUUUAAGCAGAAAGGACAUAUGUCAACAUAUUUUUCUAGCUUUUUAGAGAAGUUGGAAUCUGUCUCUGAUGAACAGAGGGGGGUUAGAAGUAUUCCUCAACUGAAAACUAAGACCAAGUUCUUAGUUUUACAGAUCUGAUGUACUGACAUUUAAUGGCCUCUGAUCUCCUCCCCGUCUUUGUGUGGCUUCAUUGACUCCCCCAGUACGACUCCUGAUUUAUAUGAUCAUGAGAGCAAAACCAGAACACCUGAGGAUGCUCUUGCAGACUCUGACCAGUGGAUACUGACCUUAGUCCUGCAAAGACAAAACUUGCUUUUAAAUAUCGGUAGUCUCGAGCCAUUGUGGGAUUCAGCCACUGGUUUGACCAUCGGAGUGGCAGGCAUCAGUACUGCAGUCAGCACCCUCUGUAGCAACUGGCCUUUGAGUGAAAUAACCAAGGUGCACUUCCCAGUGCAGCCCAGAGUCUCGUUUCUGAUGGUGCCAUGAGACUCUCAUGUUUGCUUUGUGUGGGUCUUGCGUAGAAGAUUCUUCCUGUCAAAGCUGGUUGUCACCGUUCAUGGUUUUGCCCUGAGUAACACGUGCAUUUAGAUACUCAUUUCAUGUGUAAUCUCAGUUAAGUUAUGAUAUUUAUAAUGACAUAUAUAGUGCGUGAUAAUGAUUUUUGUUUACAUUUUGCCAAAAUGUAGACGUUAGAGUUAGACCUCCAAGGUCCAAAAUCAUCCUUGAGCAGACUGCUUGCUUCUUCAGAGGCAGGCAUCGGAAAGAGGAAAAAAACUGUCCAGAGAGACCAUUUAUAUCAGAAAUCUGCCAAGACAGGGCUGUUGAUCACAAGCGGAGCAUGUCAUUGCUAGUGAUGUAUUUUUAUGCUAUGGAACUCUAACCUGUAUGUGUCAUAUUGACUUUUUGCUGCAUGAAUCAUAAAUUAUAAAAAUCAGUCUUACAGUUUUGAGAUGUAGCCAGCAUUCCUAAGGCUAAACCUUUUUCAUUGACAGAAUCAAAAUCCACAACCAAGGAACGUAUUCCUCUCACUGUGAGAGCGAUUGAAAGUGUACAACAUUUAUCUUUUCACAAAGGAAGAGGCGACAGGACCUCUUAAUGUGUCUUGUUAUCGUGAUCAUCUGGAAAUGAUUGCCAGACGUUUCCUUUUGAUAUAGCAAUGAAGUGAUCCGUAUUUAAAUUUUAUAGAGAGAAUUUUAUUCUAGUGUGAUAGAGAUUUAUUUUCCACUUAAAGACUCAAAACGGUGUGAGCACAUUUUUUUACUAUGGUAUAUUUUUGCUUUAAAAUUAAAAACA